AUGAAUCAAGUACUUAUUACAUUGAUUAUUUUUUUAUGUUGUUAUUCGAUAAUAUUAGUCAAAUGUGCAACAUCAGAUGAUUGUGAAUUACCAUCUGAAACAGGACCAUGUCGUGCAAUGAUUCGUUUAUUUUAUUACAAUUCAGCAUCAAAAGAGUGUGAACAAUUUAUUUAUGGUGGUUGCAGAGGUAAUAACAAUCGUUUUCAUAGUAAACAAGAAUGUAUCGAAACAUGUGGACAUGGUAUUCUAAAUAUUGUAAUCAUGCCCGAAGAACCAAUUCCAUUAUAUACAAUCAAAGAUGUUUGGGCACAUAAUGUUGAAGAAGAAUUUCGUUCUAUACGAAAACUUGUUCUUAAAUACCCUUAUGUUGCUAUGGAUACGGAAUUUCCGGGUAUUGUUGUUCGACCAUUAGGAGAAUUUAAAACAACAGCAGAAUAUCAAUAUCAAUGUUUAAAAUUAAAUGUUGAUUUUUUAAAAAUUAUUCAAUUAGGUUUAACAUUUAUGGACAGUCAUGGAAGAAGUCCACCAGGUGUUUGUUCAUAUCAAUUUAAUUUCAAUUUUAAUUUAACAAUGGAUAUGUAUGCACAAGAUUCUAUAGAACUUUUACAAAAAUCUGGUAUACAAUUUAAAAAACAUGAAGAUGAAGGUAUUGAUCCACAUUUAUUUGCUGAAUUAUUAACAACAUCAGGUGUUGUAUUUAUGGAAAAUGUAACAUGGCUUUCAUUUCAUGCUGGUUAUGAUUUUGGUUAUCUAUUAAAAAUGCUUACAGGAAAAUUAUUACCUGAUACAGAAAAUGAUUUUUUUGAAUUAUUAAAAAUAUUUUUUCCAACUAUUUAUGAUGUUAAAUAUUUAAUGAAGAGUUGUAAAAGUCUUAAAGGUGGUCUUGAAGAAGUAGCUAAACAACUUGAAAUUGAACGUAUUGGUCCUCAACAUCAAGCUGGUAGUGAUAGUCUUAUGACAGGUUUAUCAUUUUUUAAAAUGAAAGAAUUAUUUUUUGAAGAUUCUAUUGAUGAAGGAAAAUAUUCAGGACAUUUAUAUGGUCUUGGAAAUUCCGCUUUUCCAGCUGGUGGUUUUGGUGGUUAUGAAAAUGAUUUUAUAAAUGUUGUUGAGAAUGAAAGUCCGUAG